AUGUCGAACAAGUCACCCAUUUUCCCGAUGCCGGAGCCCCAGCACUUCAGCGACUACGGCUUCGACCCCCAAAUGGACUAUUUCCAGGUCCUUGAAGAAGCCAGAAGGCACAAGCGUGACGGACCAAGAUCCAUAGACUCGAUUCACUUCAAGCUCCAGAAGCCCAUUUCUAAAGACGACCACUACUCCAAGAAGCAGCCUCACAAUAAGAAGAAGCGCUGGUGGAAGAGCGCUUUGCUUUUCUUCAAAUGGGGCUGGACCCACCACCACCGCCACACCCGCCCCGGCGGCCGGGAGGACGUGCACCAGGCCAGGGCCAAGGCUUUCCGGGGUUCGAUUUCUGGGCCGGUUUAUAUCACAGAAAGCAGAAGUGGGUCGAGCACGCCGUACCGGACAGCGAGCCGGCCGUCGUCGGGGCCGCUGGCUGGGACUAUGUCGCCGGUGAGCAAAGGGGAGAUGGAGAUUCCGUAUCUGAGCCUCAGGGAGCUUAACAUGGAGCAGCAACAGAGGGUGUCUACCUCAUCAGCCAUGCCCAUUUACUUGGUCACUUGA